AUCCAUUCCAGCACCAGCAAUUUUUCCAACACCAUCGUCAUCUCCCGCCGUUUCCGGUCGCGUCGGUCCCUGGCAUCGCCCUGCCCCUGCGUGCGUUCUAUCCGACUCAUUCGUUUUAAUCUCUUGUCGAGGACGCUUGCGAAUGGCCUUGUUGCGGUAGGCAGUGGACAAACAAUUUAGGAUAUCAUCAGCAUUUCUUGCCUUGUCGGACCCCGUGGCCCUCGUCCGCCGCAUCGCCUCGCCGGCAUCGUUGCACGGCAUCCCGCCAGCGUCCUUUGCCCCGACCCGGCUCAGCACUCGAUCAAAGGAAGCGGUUACAGGUGACGGGUCGCCCACGAUGAGCUGGCUCACCAAUUGUACGGGCUACAUUGCCCCGUUGUUCAUCAUCAUGUCGCCCAUCCUCUCGUACGGCGACCAGGCGCUCUCGAUGCACCGCACCAAGUCCAGCGCUGGCUUCUCCCUCGACAUCCCCCUCAUCAUGCUCGUCGCCUCCUUCUUCAGAAUCUUUUACUGGCCCGGCGCCCGGUUCGAUACGAGCUUGCUAGUGCAGUCACUCAUCAUGGUAGCAAUGCAGCUCGUCCUCCUCAAGAUAGCACUCGACCACCGGCCCGCACCGUCAUCCAAGGGCGGCGAGGGCAGCCUGCCAUUCUCGAGCGUGCAGCAUGAUGGCUUCCUCAGCGCACAGCGGCCAUACAGCUUCUGGCAGUGGCGGUCGCACAAGCCAUACUGGCAGUUCCUUGUCUACCUCCUCGCCGGGCUUGUUGUAUGCGAACUGAUCCUAGCCCCCCUGCCUCCGCUGUACUCGACGUAUUCGAUGUUGAUCGGAUACAUCGGCCUCUCGGUCGAGGCCACCCUGCCGAUCCCACAGCUGCUCGCCAACUUGCAGUCCAAGUCGUGCAAGGGCUUCCGGCUGUCGCUGCUCGUGGCGUGGAUUGGCGGCGACGCCAUGAAGGUGUUUUGGUUCUUUACGGCGACGACGGAAAUUCCGGUGGCCUUCAAGGUGUGCGGACUGUUCCAGGCGGCGUGCGACUGCCUGCUGGGCGUACAGUACUUGAUGUACGGCGAGGGCGAGGAGGAGACGAUCAAGGAGCACCCAAUGGAGGAGGGCCAGUGGUCGAGCGCAUACAAGCCGGGCCACAACCGGCCGCACAGCCGGAGCCUGUCGCCGUCGCGGCGGCCAGGUCUGUUCAGCGACUCCGAGGUGGACUAGAGCGCCGCGAUGCGGACGACGCUGAGCUGGCUCAAGGGCCUCGGGGCGGGGGAUGCCAGAGUGUCGUACGUCGUCCUGUGUGGGACGAGGUGGGACGGUGAUUCUGGGCUUGCUCAUUUACGGCUGCUGGAGUUGGAUUAGACAGGGCAUGCAUUCAGCGGCAGCGACGCCCGCGGGCCAUUAGGCAAUGGGCCACGCACACAAGGUUUUUAUGUGGUGAUGAUGAUGUCGGACGCUUGGAGCACUGGGGGCACAGCCAGCCAGGGGGGUUCAUUCAGGGGGUGCAGAGGCUCGCUGGCCCUGCGACGGGCGUUAAGUCUUGAUAGUGCGGUACCCUCUACUAUCGCAGUCAGCCUCGCUGUGCAGAGCGCAUUGGGGACCAAGGCGACGGUUUAAUAUCUUAAUCAAAUAACAUGAUGUAAAAUGA